AUGCCGCUGGUGGGACCCCUUUCGCGUUUCAGCAGGCUGGGCCGCACCCCUGGAGUCCGAAGGACACCGCUGUCCCGGGAGUCCCGGGGACGGAGAACGGAAGGCCCGCUGGCAAGGCUGGAGCGGCGGCCGAGGCCGGGUGCACGUCCCCCCGCCCAGCCGCCCCCGCCCCCGCAGGUGGAGGAGGGGCAGGGGGAGAAGCUGGUGGAGCUGCCCGGCUCCUUCAGGGAGCUGUUCACCUUCUUCUGCGCCCACGCCACCAUGCAUGGCGCCAUCCGCCUCGUCUGCUCCGGCCAGAACCGCCUCAAGACGGCGUCCUGGGGGCUGCUGUUCCUGGGCGCCCUGGGCGCGCUCUACUGGCAGUUCGGGCUCCUCUUCGAGCAGUACUGGCGCUACCCGGUCCUCAUGACCGUGUCCGUGCACUCGGACCGGAAGCUCUUCCCCUCCGUCACGCUGUGCAACAUGAACCCGCACCGGCCCAGGCUGGCGCGCAGGCACCUGCGGGCCCUGGACGAAUUUGCCCAGGAGAAUAUCUACGCCCUCUACAAGUUCAACCUCAGCGAGAGUGGGGCCGCCCCCCUCGCGGAGGACCCAGGCCCAGAGCCUGCCUUCCAGCUGGACCGCAGGAUCCGCCUGCAGAGGCUGAGCGGCCCGGACGGCCAGAACACAGUGGGCUUCAGACUGUGCAACCGCACCGGCGGCGACUGCUUCGACCGCGCCUACUCCUCCGGCGUCGAGGCCGUGCGAGCCUGGUACCUCUUCCACUACGUGGACAUCCUGGCUGCGCUGCCCGCAGACCGUGAGGACAGCCACCACGGCCACGGCGACCACUUCGUCUUCUCCUGCCACUACGACGGCCGGGACUGCCGGGCCCGGCACUUCCAGACCUUCCACCACCCCGUCUGCGGCAGCUGCUACACCUUCAACGGCGAGUGGGCCGCCCAGCGCCCGGGCGUCACCCACGGGAUCAGCCUGGUGCUCAGGGCUGAGCAGCAGGACCACCUCCCGCUGCUGUCCACGGAGGCAGGCGUCAAGGUCAUGGUCCACUUGCGCAACCACACGCCCUUCCUGGAGCAUCGCGGCUUCAGCAUCCGCCCGGGGACCGAGACCACCAUCGGCAUCCGCGAGGACGAGGUGCGCCGGCUCGGGAGCCCCUACAGCCACUGCACGGACGAGGCGGCGGCCGUGGACGUCCGGCUGCUGUACAACGCCUCCUACACCAUGCAGGCCUGUCUCGUCUCCUGCUUCCAGCAGCUGAUGCUGGACACCUGCUCCUGCGGCUACUAUUUCUACCCCCUGCCCCCCGGCGCGGAGCACUGCAGCUCUGCCCGGCACCCGGCCUGGGGCCACUGCUUCUACCGUCUCUACAGAGAGCUAGAGGCCCACCGGCUCCCCUGCGCCUCACGCUGCCCCAGGCCCUGCAGGGAGUCUUCCUACAAGCUCUCUGCUGGGACCUCCAGGUGGCCUUCCUCCAAGUCCGGGGACUGGAUCCUCGCUGUCCUGGGCAAGCAGAGCCGCCGGGGCUGGAGCCCUGGGCAGAGGCCCCCCACCUCCUCCACGUGGCGCGUCCCGGCCCAGCCCCUCCCACCUCCGUCUGCCUCCAGGAGCAACGUGGCCAAGGUGAACAUCUUCUACCAGGAGCUCAACUACCGCACGGUGGACGAGACGCCUGUGUACUCGGUGCCGCAGCUGCUGUCUGCCAUGGGCAGCCUCUGGAGCCUGUGGUUCGGCUCGUCUGUCCUCUCCGUCCUGGAGCUGCUGGAGCUGCUGCUCGACGCCACAGCCCUUGCCCUGCUGCUGGGCUGCCGCCGGCUCCGCCGUGCACGGGGCUCCCUGGUCGUGGCCACUCACCCCCAAGCCGGAGGCCACCCGGGCGCCCGGCAACUGCAGGCGUGA